AUUCAUAUAGCGCUAGAACAGUUUCCAUGAAUUAUGUUAUGAUCAUGCAUAUAAAGCUUCAUUUCAUUCACACCAAUUUAGAGAAUAAUAUAAAGGAUGUUUAUGAUUUAUUGAGACAGUUUUUUGAAUUAUAA